CGGUACUAGUUCGGCUUCGUCUGAACUCGCGCCAGCACGCGAUAAACCACCUUCCAUCGUGCCCUCCACGCACAAGCUAUCGAAAAUCUAGCGAAUAUAAUUAACCACUGGACGAACAAAACAGAGGAGCUAAUUAUCUGUGGCGAAAGAAAUCUAUGAACAGCUGUGCGUCAAUUAAGCUGCAUUGAUUCCUCGAACAUCAUUCGCAAACGUAACCGGUACCAAUGACCCUCGAUCUACCGGCUAUUAGAGGUCAGAGACUGUCGUUGGCCGGAAACCGAAUCGAUAACGACGGUGAACUUGGAUUGUUGUUAUGCCAGAAAUAACGCCGAUUUGGAAGGGCGUAUGCGGGAUCGAGUUUCAUACGAUAAAGUUGACGGAUCUUCUUCUCCCUUUACCGAAGACGGACGGUUCGUUCGCGAGAUGGCACAUGAAUGAGCCAGUUUUCCGAGAGACGAGUAUUCCAAGCGAGCCACAUCUUGGAGAAUCAUUGAUCUUUCGCUCCAGGGCCACGCGCGAACAACGUCAUAUGCGAAGAAACGUGCGACGCAAUUACACGGUGACGUGUGCCGGCCAGAACGGCAUAGUGUUUUAUGAAUGUAACAAUAUGGAAAAAUUCUUGAACGAGUACCAAUCGCUCUUGAUAUCUCAACAUAGUAACCGAGGAAAGUGAUAUUUUCUUCGUAUUCUGGAAAUAAAAGAUCGAUCAGAUCGUGUUUAACGUCACAACAGGAUACGUUAGUUGAUUAGUUUCUCAUCAUGUUCGUGAAUGUGCUGCGGCUAACUUGUUACGAUCUGGUUAAAUAAUGUUAACACGACACGACACCUAUUCCUUUUCGUUUUGUUUCAUUUUGUAUUGAUUCUAUUUUUUAUUAAAUUUAAUCUGUAUUUUGACUUUGCUUUACAUUAUGAUUGAAAAUGAAAAAUGUAUGAUAAAGAGAAUAGAAGACAAACGGCGACAACAAUUACUAGAUGGUUAUUGAAACUCUAGUUUAGUGCCGAUGAUAUUAGUCGACUGGUACCGCAUGAAGGAGGGGAUCGAUGCUUUUCGGUGCGUCUGACCCAUGAUAUGCUAUUCUACUGAAAGCUGCUUCUUGCAUAAACCUUACGUAAAUAUAAUUUUUUAUAAACUUUCAAAAAGUACGUAAUCGUCUUUAUCAAAAUAAUAUAUCUAUAUACUAUUUAAUAUAUAUUAAAGAUUUACAUAUUUAAUUUGAUACAAGGUUUUUAUUCGUGACAAGCAAAUAAGUGAGAUUAAUAGCACGCUUUUAUACCAACCGAAGUACAUAAAAAUUUUUCAUUAAAAUUAAAUCUAAUAUUUAUCCAUAAUACGUGCCAACAUCGAAGGAUAUUCUUUAACAAGAAUAUUAAAAGUAAUAAACCCGUAAUAACGUACGGGCCAUGUACCAAUCGAACAUGAUCAUUUUGAAGAGGUGCAAGGAUAUCAAAGUUACAAUCGAGGAUAUCAAGGAGACAAUCGAUGAAGAGAAUUGAGUUUAACAAAGAACUGUGAUACUCUACGCAACAAGUAUUUACAUAUAUACAUUCUACGAAGCUUGAGCAAUCGUUCAAUAUCGACGAUAUAUACAUAGAAAACAUAAUGGAGAAGUUGAAUAUCUACGAUGACGAAACAAUGGACUUUACAUUGAAAAAUAGUUUCUUUUUCACGUCUGAUCUUUACCGUAUGGAGAACUGGAACUCAUUAAAUAUAAAUCUAAGAACACUUCAACCGCUAAGAACACCGUUGUAUAAUUUUCCAUUGUAUUCCUAUUUGUAUCAUCCGUACAACGCCUUCUCAAUGUCAGCCUAUCAAAAUUAUUUCGACUUCCUUCGUUACUUCAGAUCUCACCUGAUAAUGGCCCCGUAUGCGAUGCUAGAUCAUCGAUACUGCUGCUACGGUUCAAAUAACCGUUGUUCAUCGAUAUUCGACUCCCCGGUAUCCCUUGGAUCAGCAGGCUCGCCGCUCGGGAUCCAGCCGGCGGACGCUCCUUCACCCAUAAACUUUCCUGCUCCAGGGGAGAGCAUGGCAGACACCUCGACCCUGUCGCCGGAGGCUAACAUGCCGAGCUCGCCGGGCUGCCCCGUGGUCAAAGUCAAAAGCGAGUAUCUGCUAGGCAUCCCGAGUCCGGGGACACCGCGAGAUCCUCUUCGUGGAAGCGGGGCGGCAACUGGCUUGGAAGCUCGUGAUACAACCUGUUCGGACCGUGCGUCACCCGAUUCAGUCUUCCCUGAUGCCACUUCGAUGGUGGGCUACAGAGUCGUCGAGGAACAGCAGCAACAGCAGCAACAGCACUAUCACCAGCAACAACAACAACAGCAACAACAGCAGCAGCAGCAGCAACAACAGCAGCAGCAGCAGCAACAACAACAACAACAGCAGCAGCAGCAGCAACAGCAGCAGCAGCAUCAACAACAACGUUCCGGUACACCCGUACCAACCAGGUUGUCGCCUUAUUCGCCGAUGCAAGCGGUCUCCACGACUCCCAUGCCUCAAGAAGCGACUUCAAGGAGCGACAGCCCCGACAAGGGUGACUUAUCGUCGGCGCAGACCAAGGAGGAGUCCGAUAACUCGGUUUUUGAUGGAGGAGGUGGCGGUGGUAGCGGCGGUGGUGGUCGUUCGGAGACUUCCAGUCAACCUAGUCACCGGAGCAGCCCGUCUUCUCAAUACAGCCCUAGCCAGAGUAUGAGUCCUAGCGCGAACGCGACACACGCUACUCAACAACAGCAACAGCAACAAACACAGCCAACACCGCUGAGACCCCGAGUGCCCUCGGUGCCACCUCACCUUCUAGCUCACCAUCAAUUUUGGUCACAAAACAACGGUAUACAGGGGUUCGCUACGCAAAGGCUAUUGAACGGGGUCAUCAGUAGCGCUGUUAAUUAUGGACAGAACGCUGCAGUUGCAUCUACUAGUAGCAGUACAAGUUUGAGCAGCAGUACAGGGAGCAGCGGGAAUGGGGCAACUUCCACGAGUACGGGGGCAACUAGUACAGCUUCCUCGUGCGAAACGAUGAAACCACCGGCACAAAGGCCCACGCCAGCGCCCCCAAGACCACCUCCCACCGUAAUCAUGGGUGAAAUCGGUGGCGUUCGGACGAUGAUAUGGUCCGCGCCACCAUUGGACCCCGUACCACCGCCAGCGGCUUCGUGGACGGCAACGGCCGCCGCGGCAUCCUGUUCCUCCUCAGAAGAGUCGGCUGCCCAGCUACUUUUAAAUCUCGGACAGGAGUCCAGGGGCAAACCAUCCUCCGCUUCCUAUCCUUCCGGUCCACCACUCAAUAUGGAGAGGUUAUGGGCUGGCGAUAUGACGCAAUUACCGGCCGCGCAACAGAUGCAAGCGCUCAACUUGACGGCUUCCGGGUCCGGUCAAACGUGGGAGAGAAACGGAGGAGUCAUCAAGUCCGAGACGGCAUCGCAGUCGAUAUCAGUCGCUCCACCUGCACCACCGAUGCCACCUCAAGAACACGAGGAAGACGAAACACCUAUGAUAUGUAUGAUUUGCGAGGACAAGGCUACUGGUUUGCACUACGGCAUCAUCACGUGUGAAGGGUGUAAGGGUUUCUUCAAAAGAACUGUACAAAAUAGGCGAGUGUACACGUGCGUGGCGGAAGGUGGUUGCGAAAUUACGAAGGCCCAAAGAAACAGGUGUCAGUACUGUCGUUUCAGAAAGUGCAUUGAACAGGGUAUGGUCCUUCAGGCCGUUCGAGAAGAUCGAAUGCCUGGAGGAAGAAAUUCUGGUGCUGUAUAUAACCUUUACAAGGUGAAGUACAAAAAGCACAAGAAAAGUAACAAAACAAGUGGAGUGGGCGGAAGCAUGGGUGGCAUAAGUAGCGGCGGUAAUGUUGGCGGUGUUAACGGGUCGGGAUCCCUUGGUGGUAGCAAAAGCACUAUGGGUUCGACGAUGCUUGACAAACACAUGGCUGUAGCCGCAGUCGCUCACCACAGCCAACAGCAACAUGUCCAGCUAGCUGGUGGUUUUCUUCAUCAUCACAAGAUUUCGUCGGGCGACCCGCUCAACUCGCAAUCUACCACCAGUCACUCAAGUCACCCCGCGCAUUCGGGACACCUUGUUAAUGGGACGAUCCUGAAGACAGCGCUCACCAACCCCUCCGAAGUGGUACACUUAAGGCAGAGGUUAGACAACACAGUAAGCAGUUCGAGGGAUCGGUCUUUUCCUUUCGAUGCAACCGUUGCUAUGAUCCAGUCUCUAAUAGAUUGCGACGAGUUCCAAGACAUUGCCACGUUAAGGAACUUGGACGAGCUACUGGACCAUAAAUCAAACUUAAGCGACAAGCUGUGUCAGAUAGGGGACAGCAUAGUGUACAAGUUGGUGCAGUGGACCAAAAGGUUACCGUUUUACCUUGAGCUACCGGUCGAAGUUCACACGACGUUGCUCACCCACAAGUGGCAUGAGAUCCUGGUGCUGACCACUUCCGCUUAUCAAGCGAUACAUGGUCAGCACAAGUUCUCCAACGUCGGAAGCGACGUGAUGGGAGCGGAUUUUAUGCAAGAAGUUUCAAACAACAUGUAUACGUUGCAAACGUGCCUAACGAACAUGAUGGGCCGACCGAUAACCAUGGACCAAUUACAGCAAGACGUAGGGCUCAUGGUGGAAAAAAUUACAUACGUCACAUUAAUGUUCAGGAGGGUGAGAUUACGAAUGGAAGAAUACGUCUGCCUGAAAGUAAUCACCAUGCUCUCGCAAGCACGUGGAGGUACUAUGGAAUUAGAACAUCUACAAGAACGGUACAUGAGCUGUCUACGAAGUUUUGUCGAGCACAGCGCGCCUCAACAGCCGAAUCGAUUUCAUGAUCUUCUCGUCAGAUUGCCCGAAGUACAAUCGGCGGCAGCUCUUCUACUUGAGAGUAAAAUGUUCUACGUUCCUUUCCUAUUGAACUCAACAAUUCAAAGAUAGUAAAUAAAAAAACAAACUGACGAUAAACGAAGCUGAAUACCUAUAUACAUACUAUACAUAUAAAUAUAUACAUAUAUAUACACACGAAAGAUUAUAUUGUAUGUAUAUAUGUAUAUAUAUGAAAAUAGAAUCGAACAAACAAACAAAAGCAAACGGGAGAGACUUAUAGGAAAAGGGAAAAGGGAAAGGCUUUGUUUGCGUAUGUAUAAUAAUUAUAUAAAAAAAGUAUAUAUAUAAAUAAUAUAAAUAAUAUAAAUCUGUGUGUUCGUUGCGUUGUACAAAACGAAGAAAGUCGAGAAGAGAACGAGGAACCUGCGAAAAGCGUGAUAAAACAGACAAAAGCGUUAGAAGAAAAAAAAACAAGAAAGAAAAAACUAGAGAAAAACGAGAAGAUUUGAAAAAAAGAGACGCAAAGGAUACGGAGGAGGAGGAGGAGAGAGAGAGUACUUUAGAUAAGAAAUAAAAAAAGCAAAUUAAUGAAAGAAUAUAAAGAGUUCGAAAGAGAGCGAGAGAGCGGGAGAGAAAGAGAGGGAGAGUGAGGAAGCGCGCCACCUCGAGAUGGGAAAUCAAUCGAGGAGGGAACUGAACUUUUUUAUCGAAACUGAAAGACUAUAAUAAUAUAUUUCUGUACGCAGUACCGCGCAACUACGUCAUUGUGUGUUCACGUUGCAUAAUCCGAUCGAUAAUAAAACUCUCGUUACGUACGCUCACUGUAGGCCACCUACUACCACCUACUACUAUUGCUGCUACUACUACUGCUACUGUUACUAUUACUCUCCACCACUAUCAAACUAAAUAGCAGACUACCAUUAAAACGACCGAAAGAUCAAUCGACCGAUGUUGAUGAUAAUGGUGAUCAUAAUAAUAAUGAUGAUGAUGAUGAUGAUGACGAUGAUAAUGGUGAUGAUGAUAAUCGACGACAAGUCACCAGCAAUAGCACAAACACAAAACAAUCGAUCAGUGAACAAAUCGGUCGCCGCGUAUCUAUGUAUCUUUACACGCGAGUAUAAUAAUUACAAUAACACAGAAAAACGAAUACGCAUUCUCGAUAACAAAAUAACUCUAAACGCCUAUAAAUACUUAAAUACUCUCGUGUAUAUAUCCAUGUGAUCCUACCCUUACACUAAACGACGUUGCAGACGUAAGUGUGAUAUUUCAGUUAUCAUUCUAAUUAAGAGAAGAUACAGGGAACACGGUCGUCGUCAUUACUAGAACAAGGACUGGCUGAAUGGAUGUUGGAUGUUUGUAAAAACGAUGACGAUUUUUGCAUAACUGUUGAAUCGAAAAACAGAAAAACUGAUGUUAUUUGCAUAAAGUGAUGCAGAGACCAAUUUAACGUCUGCUGAAUGGUAUCCUUCAAUUAUACGAAGGAAAAUAUGCCCGACGUUGAACACAUUUGGAUGGAAAUCUGGUUAGACUCUAGGGUACAAACUUAUUGACUCGUAAAUCGUCCUCGUUGUUAUUGUCGUUCUUGUCGUCAUUCACCGCUCCGAAUCAUGGUCCAAGCGCGCAACACAGAAGACUAUAUUAUAUGUACAUACAUACAUAUAUACAUAUAUACAUAUAUACAUAUAUAUAUAUAAUAUAUGAAUAUAUAUAUAUAUAUAUAUAUAUAUAUAUAUAUAUAUUCACGAUUUUGUUAAUUUACAUUUUAUCGUCAUCGACGUAAAUCUUUACGCGUGUAAUAGCGUGCAUCAUUCACCGGUCGAUUUUUGACUCAUUCUUCGAACGAUCCGAUCCUCCACUUUUUUCGGAUCACGAGAUCACGCGAUUCUAGAGCUUACGAAAAGAGGGAAGUGUCGCGUAGACGAAGCGAACUCUUCUCACAAACGAGACGCUUCCGCGAGAUUCUCGACGACUUUUAAAUAAAGUUCGAUUCGAUGACUUGCAAAUAUUUUGCAAAAUUUUUGUAACGGACGUUCUUCGAACUGAUACUGAUUUUCGAUACGUAAGAUAAACUUUUUAAACGUUUUUUAUAUAAUUCUAAUGAAUUCGUAGCCUGCCGUAUAUCGAAGUGAUAUUUUUUCUAUUGAAAAUCCUUGCAAGGAUCUGAUCGUUCGAACCUGUGCGCGUGAGCGCGCGCGCUUCGUUUCUCGUUACCAAGCGUUCCCCAUUGAUUCGUGACAAAAGAUUGUUUUUUAUAAUUCCUCGUUAAAAUGACUGCGAUAAUUUCAUAGUAUUAUAUACAAGAAAGAAAAAGGAGAAAAAGAGAAGGUAAAAUGCAUAAACGAAUGGAAAAUACGACUAGCAAGAGACUUGGUAUUUCUUUAUUACAAGGAAGCUUAUAUUCGUAGCAAACAAGAAAAGUAAUAGAGUAAUAAAAGUUCGAGUAUACCUUUUUCUUCUCGCGUGAGCUUUUAUCGGAUUUACGGAAAAUUGUUCCCCACUUUGGCAAAUGUAGAUAUACAUAUGCAUAUUCAUAUGUAUAAUACAUAUUUAUGUGUCGCGGACACGUGUGAUAUUCGGUUUCCUUGCGACUCAGAAAUACCUGGUUCUCCAGAUUGGCUCAAUUAUUUAAGAUAGCAAAACCAAUUAUAGAAAAUGGAAAUAACGGUAGGAAACAAACCGGUGGCUGACGCCAGUCGAAACGUCUUGUUCGUGUCUUGGAAAAGAAAAAGAAAAAAAUGAUGAAUAAUGCUCCUUGUAUACGCAUGUAAUGAUUAAUUAGCGCAUGUUCUAUCACAACGUGAUUGUUUCAUCUUGCCUCCAUAGAAGUUAUCGUAAACACGCGCUAAUUACCGCUACGCACACGAUCACGAGUACGAUGAAUUAAGAAUUCCCCUUUCUUUGAUCCCGAAGGUCCGUUGUCGUGUCUUUGGAUGCCUUCGGUCGUGUUGCAUUUAUCUUCAUUCCCUGAUCCUUAAUUUUUUCUUCCUCUUAUUUUCCUACACUACAAAUUACAAAGCGAAUAUUCUGCUCAAAGCAAAUUCCACCGAAGCUUUCGCAGGAAACUUUUUCUACUUUCGUCAAUCUUGAUGCUUUUUCCAUAUCUUGAGACAAUUUCGCCGAACUCGUGAUCGCGAGCGCACGUACGAAAAAAAAAAAAAAAAAAUACAAAACGAGAACUAUACACACAGACCUUGGGCCUACUAGCCUAGGGAUACUUGUCCAUACUAUAAGACUUAACUAAUGAUGGGAUACUUCAUACGAUAAACAAUGUAUAUUAUUUGCGGUUAAGGAACUGGGGGUAACGGUUCCUGUAUUCCCCGGACAUCAUCGUACACUUAUUCUGUGUUCAAUUGGACGGUCGAUAAGGUCGCAACCGCGAGUGAUAGAAAGAAAGAAAACAAGCAAGAUAGAAGAACGAAGAGAAAAAGAAAACAAGCUCGCUAAAUUACGUUAAGAGAAUAUUUGACAUGAUAUUGGCUAACGCGUAUUUCUUUUUUCUUUUACUUUUUCUUCAAAAACAUAAAUCGCUUGUAAUUUCCUCACGUUUACACGCGAAAAUUUGCUUUGAAGUUACCGUUUAGUAUAGUGCAAUACGAAGAAAGGAAGCAAUCGUGUUAGCAUUUAGACCGAUACAUUUGUUCCUUUUGCUCUCUUUCUUUUGUCUCCUACCUUCGUAGAAAUUUUUUACGCUCCUCGUUCCUUCCUCUUCCCUGCCCGUUCCCUCGAGUUAAUCCAUCAAACCGCGACUGUUCACCCUUAUGUUCCUAUAACCCUGCCCAUCAACCACUUCUGUUUCCUUUUUUUAUUCUCGUUAGCUAGUAAAGAUAAUGUACUUCCCGCGGAGAACUCUUUUCUUGUCGCCUCCUAUUUAUUGUUAGCAUGUACAUACAGCAUCGAAACAGAUGUUAAAGAACGGCGAGGAAAAAAGAACGCCGCGUUAAGAGAAAAAAGCACCGAGUUGGACUGUCUAUUAUAUUACAUUAUAUAUAAGUAUAUAAAUAUAAAUAUAAGCAUAUAAAUAUAAAUAUAAGUAUAUAAAUAUAAAUAUAAAUUAUAAAUAUAAAUAUAAAUAUGAAUAUAAAUAUAAAUAUAAAUAUGUAUAUUGUAUAAAAAGAAAUGUGCACCGAUGUCUGGGAGUACAGCAGCUGCUUACGGGAGAGCUAUACGUUGGAUCAGCAAGACUUAGGGCAUUAUACUACCCGCGAGUAUUAUCAUGCCCAACCUUUAAUAUUUAAGUGCGAGUGAGAGUCUAUUGAGCAAAAGUAAAAGAAAAAAAGAUGAAAUUUAAAAAUAUAAAAAAUACAUAUGCCUCUCGUUUGUGGGUUUAACUUUGUACAUAUUGUACGAAAGGUUUAAUAAUAACUACGUUGAAAGUA